UGCCCACGAUUUCGUUUGGGUAUAAACCCACAAAUUUUUUGUGCUCCUCUAUUUAAUGCUCAUCCCUACACGUUUCAUUUAGCGGCAAUCUCUCUCUCUCUCUCUCAAAUUUUCUCCUGAUUUCUCCACAGUACUUCUCAUUUGAGCCAUAUUUAGUUGUGGCUCAUGGACGCAGUUGUGGGUGUGGGAACCAGCGAGGAAGCAAAUAGAAGUGUAGUUGAGAAGAAGCCAACAGUUGUUUUUGUGCUAGGUGGCCCAGGAAGUGGGAAGGGCACACAAUGUGCAUACAUUGUUGAGCACUUUGGUUUUACUCAUCUUAGUGCUGGUGAUCUUCUUAGGGCAGAAAUGAAAUCUGGUUCUGCAAAUGGUUUAAUGAUCAAAAGUAUGAUUAAUGAAGGGAAUAUUGUUCCUUCAGAGGUAACGGUAAAGCUUCUCGAGCGAGCAAUGGAGGAAAGUGGUAAUGACAAAUUUCUUAUUGAUGGUUUUCCGCGUAAUGAUGAAAACCGUGCUGCUUUUGAGGCUGUUACUGGUAUAGAGCCAGCUUUUGUCCUGUUCUUUGAUUGUCCUGAAGAGGAGAUGGAGAGGCGUAUCUUAAAUAGAAAUCAGGGAAGAGAAGAUGAUAAUAUCGAGACAAUUCGGAAGCGUUUCAAGGUUUUCUUGGAGUCCAGUCUCCCUGUAGUUGAGUACUAUGAAUCUAUUGGGAAAGUUCAGAAGAUUGAUGCUGCAAGGCCAGUUGAAGAAGUAUUUGAGUCAGUUAAAGCUGCUUUCACAUCAAUAAAUGAGAAGGAAGAUUGAGAUUGAUGCUUGUUUCUAUACCAAUUCCAUUCAUGUUAUUCUCUAUUGAGGUAAUCCCCUUAGGAAAUAAGUUCAAUAAUCCUUCUUAGAGGUUUUUUCUUAUGAUUUGGGCAAGAGUUUGGUAACACUACUAUAAGAACCUAAUGGAGGUUGCCCGAACAUAGCACAACUGGUUAAAGCAUACAUAUCCCCAGUAAAAAAGUCGGUUCGAAUCCGCAAUCCCACAUAUUGUACUAAAAUAAAAUAACACAAUGAAAAUCACUCCCACACGUUACUUGGAGAGUUUUAUACAUGCGGUGGCAGAUAAUAAUUCUAAUGGGUGUUCUGAUAUGAGGAUAUUCUUUUCCUUAGUUUUUCCCUAGUUUUUCCCAUUGGUUUAUGAUAAGUCGUAAUUCGAUUUGAUGUAAUUUAGCCAUGUGCAUUGCAGAUUCCUCCUUAGUUGUCUAUUAUUCAGUGUGCAUUUUAUUGUGCCAUAGAUUUUGGGUUAAAAUUUGCCCUGGUUGAACUUUAGAAGUUUUGAUUUUUAGUCCCUAAACUUUUAUUCACUCCCAUUUUGGUCCUUUAACUUUAAAAAUCUCAAUUUUAGCCCUCUAACUUUUAUUAAACUCCACACGUAGAUAUGAACAACGGAUAACUAAUGCUGUCGAAAUACAUUUUCAAUCAUAUAGAUUAAGAUUCUUAUGAUAUGGACUAAACUGAAGUUUAAUGACUAGAAUUGAAUCUAAGAAGUCAGAGGACGGCUACUCAAAAGUGAACACAAGUUUAGCGACUAAAGUUAUAACUUUAAAACUUUAGGGACCAAGCUUAUCCAUAAACCUGUAUUUGUAGUUUGAUGUUCUUUUAGAUGCUAUGAGUAAAACUAGAGCGUUAUAAUGGUACACCAAAUAGUUGCAAAAGCUUAGGCAUAUAUAAUUGCUAACUUGAAUAUAGUUCAACUGGUUAAGACAUUAUUACCUCGACCAGAAGAUCGAAUCCCUCAGGUUGAACUCAAACAAAGGAAAAAAGGUGGACAUAUAUAAUUUCCAAUUAAUUAUGAGGUGGGACAUGAAUGCUUGCUUCUUGUACAUAUUUGCCCAUGUUUGUUGUUAUGGAAGUUUGUAGUUUAAUGCUUGCUACAUAUUACUUCUUGAAUUUCUGAUGGCUUUCUUUGUCUGCCAGGCUUGCAAGCCAAGUCCUGUCAGCCUUCCCAAAUCAUUCAUAAACUUGUGCUGGCAGAACUUUGAAAGUUGUUUGUUUUAUAUACGACAGGGUUUAAUAGGUUCGUAAAUGAUUUGAUAGUGCACCUUCUGGAUAUAUCGUUGAUGUAUCGAGGAAGAAAAUGUCACACAACUAUUAGAUGUUCGAGAGGUUUGAUUCCUAUGCUAGUAGUAAAUACUUUCACACCGCUCUCACUUUCUCUCCCUGAUGGUGUGGGCUUGCCUUU